CCCGUCUCGGCGCUGCCGGAGUUCCGAUUGGUCCGUAGCGUGGAGAAAGGGGCGUGAGCUAGAAGAAAGCACGCCGGAAGUGCCGAGGAGGCAGAGAGCAGCCACCUUCCGGUGCUGAUGUGGCCGGAACUCGGAGAGGACGUGAGCUGUGGAGAGAACCGGCCCAAGAUGCUGAGCCGUCUGUCAGGGCUGGCCAACACUGUUCUGCAAGAGCUGUCAGGGGAAGGAGAGGAUGCGGAGGCUGCAGCUUUGCCUGCUGGGCCAGAGUUGGAUCCCAGGCAGCAGAAUGGGGAGGAGGUGCCAGAGGAUGUGCUGGAGCGGCUGGCCCACAUGGAGAGGCUGGUGGUACAGCUGAAGGAUCUGGUGCGGGAGAAGGACGCUCAGCUGCAGCAGAAGGAGGCCUUGCUCCAGGAAGAAAAACAGGCUGCUGAAGCCAAGCUGCUGAAGCUGAAACUGCAGGCCAAAGCUAAGCUGGCGUCUCUGAACAAGCGCAUUGAGGAGCUAACAGAACGAGGAGGAGCAUCCCCCACAAAGGACCCACCAGGAGAGCCUCUUCCUGCCACUAAGGUUCAGAGUGACGAAGGUGCAUGUCACAAAUGGGAAGAGGAGAUGGAAACACUGCAAAGGCGGCUUCAGGAGCAGGAGGAAAUGUUAGCGAAGCUGCAGCGACAGCUGGAGACAACUACAGGAAGCCUGAAGGAAGCGCAGGCCCAGGUCAGCUCUCUGGAAAAGGAAAUUCAGAAGAAGGGCUCUCUCCUUGAGGAGCAGGCCCACCAGCACCAAGCUGAAUUGCGCCAGCUAGAGGCCCGGUCGGCUCUGGAAGCAGAAAUGCAGCAGAACCUGAGGCUGUUGCAGCGGAAGCUGGAGGAGCAAGAGGCAGCCUUGCUGGGGCGAACCCAGGUGGUGGAAUUGCUGCAGCAGGAGUUGAACAGCGUAGAGGAGCAGAAGCAGGUUCUGUUGGAGCAACUCCAGGAGGCGGAGGCCCAGUUGGAUUCCCUGAGCAGCACCUCCGCUUCCGAGAGGCAGGAGUCCCAGAGCUUGGUGGAGCGGUUGGAACUGGACCUAGCGGAGCAGAAGCUGGCCUCCCAUCGCUUGCAGGAGGAGGUCCAGCAGCUGUCUCAGGAGCUUACGCAAGCAAGAACACCUCAAGCAGAUUCCGAGUGUCAGAGGCGGGUCGCGGAGGAGAGACAUGCGCAGGAGAUGGCAGAGAAGAACCAGGAAAUUGCUGAGCUCCAAAGAGCAGAGGAGGAUUUGCUUUCCAGCUAUGAGGCUGUCCGAGCUGAGACUGCCAACGCACAGCAAGAUGCUGAUCGGCCACCGGAGUGCUCCACUCAGGACGGUUCUCCUGUCCAGCAAGGGGAGCUCUCAGAAAGGCCCAAGGAGUCUGGCUGUUCACAGGCUGAACCUGAAGUACUUACGGGUCAGGCAGCAGGGCAGGUCUCUACGCUGUGUGAGCCCGUCGCUGAACAGGAUGCAGCAUCUCCCAGAAGAACUGCUGGACAAGACGAGCAGCACCAGAGUGUGGUGGAGGCUGCAAAUGAAACAAUCUGCUCCAAACUUGCCAUGCUGGAAAAGAGGCUUGAAUUCCCAGCAGUUGCUGCAGCGUCAGACCAGGUCAGCUGUGCUGAAAUAGGCCUUGAAGGGCAAUCUCAGGUGGCUUUGAGGCUGUCGUCUGGCACUGAUGACAGCGCAGCUGGGCCUGGUGACUUACUGGAUGGUGUGGGAAGCGCCAGGAUCGGAGGCCUACCCUUGGCAGAUGUUCCUGCUGCCCUUGCUCAGGCCAGCCCAUGCGGGAGCCCUGUGAAGCCGCUUGCCCCAGAGAAUGGUCCCCCUGAUGUCCUGGAGUACCUCUCCGCAAAGAAACACAAAGACCUCUCUGUCUUGCUGCUGGAGCUAGAGGAGGCUCAGGAAGAGAUAGCGCUUCUGAAGGGGCAGCUUCGGGACUCCAGCAGCCUGGACCCUGUUGGAGAUGAGCAGCCCCAAGGGGAGUCACGAGCCAGUGACGGAGGAAAAGGAGGAGAAGGGGCGGUCCUCAUCCAGAGCGAUUCAAGUAGCAGUUCACUGGUAACCAUAGAAAUCCAGGAGUUGUUCUCUCCCCUUCCAGGGACUCUCUUGGGGCAAGAUGGCCCCUGCACAGAGGGCAGAGAAGCAGAUCAGGAGCCGCCUUCAGCCCCUGCGUUGCACCCACAAGAGCUGGCAAAGUUGCAUCUUGAAAUUGCUGAGCUGCAGGCGAGGCAGCAGGAGGCGGAGGAGCUGCACCAGCGAGUGUUGGAAGAGAGAGCUGCAGAGAUUGGGAGGCUCCAGCAGUUGGCGGAGGGCUCCGGAAAGGCCUUGGACACUCUGCGUGCUGAGAGAGAUCAGCUCCUGUCCCAGCUGAAGGAGCUCUGCUGCCUGGCCGAGCUGAAGGAGCAGGUGAGGCAGCUGGAGGGCGACCUGGCCGAUUCGGAGAAGCGACGGCUCUCCGACCAUGAAAGUGGGAUCUCCCGGCUGGCCCUGUUGAAGGAGCAACUCCAGAGCCUGAAAAACGAGGCCAAGUCCAAAGAGGUGAAAAUUGCAGCUUUGCAAAAGGACCUGGAUGAGUCCCAGCAACGUCUGGCGGAACAGGAGCUGUGUGGCAGACGUCUGAGCAGCCAGCUCCAGGAGGAGGAGCAGGAAACGCGUGCCCUGGCGGGACGCCUGAAGGACACCUCCGCAAAGGCCGCAGAGCUCUCCCAGGGCCUCGCCUCAAAGGAGCUGGAGGCGGCCAGGCUGGAGAGGCUCCUCUCGGAACGCUCUGCGGAGAUAGAGCGGCUCCAGCAGCAGGCGGCAGAAGUCAGCGCCAGCUUGUCUGACCGGAUGGUCCAGCUGAGCGAGGAGAAGUUUUUGCUGGGGAAGGAGGUGAAGAGCCUGACAGAGCGGCUGCGCCUGGUUGUGCAAGGAAAGCAGACCAGGGAGCAGGGGGUGGGGACGGAGGAGGAGCCGCCCCCUGAGCAGCCGGCUGAGAGAGCGACCCCCCCCAGCCAGGAGAUGGAGACGCUGAGGAAGGAAAACGAGCUGGUGCGGAAGAAGCUGCAAGCGGCUCUCGCGAGCAGGAAGGAACUCCUGAGCAAGGCCCACAAGUUGGAGAGGGAGCUGGAAGCGGGGGGAGGCCUGCCCGGGAGGCUUGGGGCCAGCGCCUGGGAGGCCUGCCAGGUGGAAGCAGAAGAGAAACCCCUCGAGAGCAGCGGCAUAAAUGCAGAUGGCGCCGUGCACCCUGCAAGGCGGGGCAGAGCUGCCUCUCUGAGCCAGCUGCUGCCUGCAAAAGAGGCCCAGCAGCAGCGCAUCCUCGGAGAAAAAGAAUCUGCAGUGAGUGCACUGCAGGCCGUGGUUGGGGAGAUGCAGCAGAGUCUGCAGGAGAAGGACCUCCUCAUCAGUUCCCUGCGAGCCAAACUUGAGGAUCGCUGUUCAGCCCCUGAGAAACAGGCGCCCCCAGCAUCAGGCCAGAGCUCGGGGGUGUCUGGUGCUCUUGCUCCUCCUCUAGCACACGGGGCGAGUGGCACCACUGACUGUGAUCCGGAAGGGGAGCCGAGGAGUGCCCUGGAAGAGAAGGCCUGUGCUCUGGAGCAGGAGAGGGAGCAACUGCAGAAGAAGCUCCAGGAAGCAUUGGCCUCCCGCAAGGAGACCAUCAAGAAAGCUCAGCAGAAGGACCGUCGCCACCGAGAGCAGCUGAAGCAGCAGCAGGACGAUUACAGCCUCCUGCAAGAGCAGUUUGAUCAGCAAAGCAGGGAGAAGGAGAGGAUGCAGCAUCAGCUCCAGGCCCUGAGCAGGACUCUGGAGGAGAACUCCCCUCUCCCUCCUGAAGACCCGGCACUGGAGGCCGCUCAGGAGCCUGGCCAGGAGGUUCCUGCAGAGAGUGCUGCGGCCAGUGGAAGCUCCCCGGCAGCUGGAGACAUUGCUGCUGUGGAACAGCUGAAGGCCGACCUGGAGAAACUUCGAGCUGAGAAAGGGGAGGCGGAAGCGCAGGUCAGCCGCCUGGAAGGAGAGCUCCUGAGGAAGUCUGAGGCAGCUGGGCAGCUCCAGGAGCAGGUCAGGCAACUGCUCGCUGAGAUGGAGACGGCGAAGGCAGCCUGCAGUCAGGCUGAAACCCAGGUGGUGAGUCUUCGGCAAGAGCUGGAGGAGACCCGAGCAGAGGUGGCCAGGCAGGAGAGUCUGAGACUCCAUCAGGUGGACCUCGAGGAGCAAAAGGAAAUUGCCAGCAAAGAAGAAAUCGAAAGGCUGAACUCCCAGCUAGCAGAUAAAAGUGAGUCUCUGCGUAGCCUCCAGACAGAGCUGGAGGAAAGAGCAGGUGCAGUCAAGGCCCUGCAAGGCCAGCUGGAGGCCCAGAACAAGGAGCGGACCCAGCACCUGGAAGCGGAAGCUCAGCAGAAAUCGGCAGAGGAAGCUGCAGAGCAUCAGACUAGGGCCCAGGUGCAAAGGAAACUGCAGGCUGCGCUCAUCUCCAGGAAGGAGGUGCUUAAAGAGAGCAAGGCGCUUAAGGAGGAGCUGGCCAGCACCAAGGCAGCCCUGGGAAGUGCAUCCCUCCGCCUGUCGGAUGCGGAGAGUCGGGCCUCUGAGCUGGAGAAGGAGAAGGAGGUCCUUUUGAAGAAGCUGGUGGACCUCGGAGAAGAGCGGGAGAAGCUCAUUACUGAAGUGGACAAAGCCCUGGUGGAAAACCAGAAUGUGUCUGGCUCCUGCGAGAGCUUGAAGCUAGCCCUGGAGGGGAUGACCCAGGAGAAGAUGAAGCUGGAGGAGGAGGUUGACUCCUUGCGGCGUUCCCAGGCCCAGGAGCUGUCCGAGUGGCAGAGGAAGCACACGGAGCUGCAGGCCGAGUAUGAAACCCUCCUGCAGUCGUACGAGAACAUCAGCAACGAGGCCGAGAGGAUCCAGCGGGUAGUGGAGGGGGUCCGGCAGGAGAAACAGGAGCUCUUCCUCAAGCUGAAAGGCACGGAGGCAGAGAAGAAGGAGGCGGACGCACGCCUUCAGGGGGCUGAGCAGGAGAUGGAAGGGAUGAGAGAGAAAAUGAGGAAGUUUGCAAAAUCCAAGCAGCAGAAGAUCCUGGAGCUGGAGGAGGAGAAUGAGCGGCUGAGGACAGAGGUUCCUCCUGUGGAUGGUGGCCUGGGAGGGACAGAAGAGAUGAGCACCUGCCUCCAAGAAGAGCUGGAGGACUCCAGGAAGAACUGUGAGUCCCUUUCCAGUCAACUGAAGGAGCUGAAGGCUGAGAAGGACUCUCUGAACCAGCAGAUCCAGGACCUGAGGCAGAUGGUGCACAGCAAGGUAGAGGUGGUGGGAACAAGCAGUGUGGAAGAGGAGGAGGUGGCAGAAAGUGAGGCAGCCAGUUCCACCACCUUGGCAAAGGCCCCGGAAGCCACUGAAGCUCAGGUGGAUCUGGGUGCAGGCUGUGAACCUCCAUCAGCAAGCUUCGAUGCAGAGGCAAAAGACACCGGCCAAGCCAGCUCUUCUCGUGGUGAAAUGGAUGUGUCUCUGGCACAACUCGCAGAGCAGGUUGCAGAACUGGAGGAGAAGAGGAGGGUGGCAGUGGAGGAACUGAGCAGAGUCCUGAGGGACGUGGAGACCCUGGGAGAGGAGAAGAGAGGCCUGGAGGACCUGCUGACUAUGAAAGGCCAGGAAGUGGAAGCUCUGCAGGAGAAGGUCCUCGCAAUGGAGCAAGCCAACCAGCAAAUGGAGGGGGAGCUUUCCGGAGCGAUGAGGCUGAAAGGCACUCUGGAAGCUGAGAAGGACGACCUGGAGGAGAGGCUCAUGAACCAGCUUGCCGAGCUGAACGGGAGCAUUGGGAACUACCAGCAAGACGUGGCGGACUUGCAGAGCCAAAACCAGCAGCUCCAGGCUGAGGUGGAGAGUCUUCAAGGGGCGCUAAGUCGCCUGGAGGAUGAGAAGCGGCACCUUCUGAGGGAGAAGGUGGAAGUGGAAGUAGAGAAGAAGAAGGAGCACGUGGAGAAGCUGAAGAGCACCUGGAAGGGCGACCAUGGCCGGGCUCAGGCAAAAGAGCUUCAGGAGUUGCUGAAGGCGAAGCAGCAGGAGGUGAGACAGCUCCAAAAGGGCUGCAUUAAAAGCCAGGAGAAAGCCAGCAGCUUGGAGAGAAGCGUCAAAGCCCUGGAGUUUGUCCAGAGCGAGUCCCAGAAGGAGCUGGAGGCCGCCAAGAGGAGCUUGGCAAAGGCCGAGGAGGACACCGGGAGGGCGCAGGUGGAGCUGGCCGCCUGCAGAGUCUUGCUGGACGACACUCGGAGCGAGGCGGCUCGAGCGCUGGCCGAGAGCCUGAAGGUGCAAGAGGCGCUCCGAGCGAACAAAGCGCAGGGCAAAGCACAGCUGAGGGAGAAGGAGAGAGCCUGGGAGAGGCGCCUGGAGCAAGAGGCGGACAAGCACGCCCAGGCGCUGAGGGAGGCGGAGGAGCGGCUGGAGACCUUGCAGAGGGAGCAGGCGCGCUCGGAGGGGGCAGUGCAAGGCCUCCGGGACUCCCUGCGCCAGAAGGACCAGGAAGCCAAGCAGCUGCAAGGCAGCCUGAACCACACCUUAGCCCAGCUGGCAGCCUUCAGCCGGAGCAUGUCCUCCUUGCAGGACGACAGGGACCGCGUGAUAGACCAGUCCAGGCAGUGGGAGAAGAAGUUCAGCGAGGCCAUUGAGAAGAUGGAGCAGGAGGUGCACGCCAGGGAGCAGGCCUGCGCUGCCCUGGAGGAGCAGGCGAAGCGGACGGCUGCCCAGGUGGAGGAACUGCAGAGCCGCAUCGCCAGCCUGGAACAGAGCAAGCUGGCUCAGGAGUCCAGUGCCCAGAAGGAGCUCCAGCGUCUCCUAGGAGAAGCCGAGCUGCUGCAGGAGGAGAAGAGGAGUCUUGCAGUCCAGCUUGAGGAGGCGCAGCAGCUGCUGGGUGACUCUCAGAAACAGAUGCAGAAGCAGGAGACAGAACUUCGGGGCCUGAGAGAGCGGCUUGCCGGCCUGCAGGACUCCUUCUCAAAGUGCCAGGAGGAGCGAGACCAACUGGGGAACACGGUGAGAAGUCGAGAGGCCGACCUCCGAGAGAGCCAGUUCAGCCGUGAGCAGUUGGAGGCUGACCUGCAGGCAUCCAAGGAGCUGACGGACAGGCUCCAUGAAGAGACGAGCAACAAGGACCACCAGAUCAUUGGCCUACUCGCCGCCAAGGAGGAGGCUGUUUCUGCGGCUGUGUCGGAGCUGCAGCGGCGGCACAGGGAGGAGCGGCAGGCGCUGGAGGGCAGGAUUAGCCAGGCGGAAGAGGAGAGGACAGCCGUGGAAGCCGAGAAGACGAAAGCGCUAGAGAGGGCCAGCCAGCUCGUGGGGAAGCUGAAGAGCGCUCGGGAGGAGAGCAGGCGCCACAAGGCCCAGCUCGACUCCUUCACCAAGUCCAUGUCCUCCCUGCAGGAUGACCGGGACCGCGUCCUGGAAGAGUACCAGCAGCUGGAGCGGCGGCACCUGGCAGCCAUCCUGGAGAAAGACCAGCUGAUCCAGGAAGCAGCCUCCGAGAGCAACACCUUGAAGGAGGAGAUCCGGAGCCUCCACGGCCAGAGGGACGACCUGCAUGCCGAGAAUGCCAAGUUGGACGCAGAGCUGGUGCGCUACCGGGAGGACCUCCAGCAGCUCAUCUCCAUCAAGGAUUGCCAGCAGAAGCAGUUGCUGGGGACCCAGCUGGAGCGCAUCCAGGCGUUGGAGAAGGAGAAGGCAGGCGUGGAGGGCCGUCUGAGAGAGUCCGAGCGCGCCCUGGAGGCCCUGCGGCUGGAGAAGCAGAGCGUGGGGCAGGAGGCGGAGGCCCUCGCAGCCUCCCUCUCCCGGGUGCAAAACGAGAUGGCAGCGCUGCAGGAGGGUGGCCCCGUCUUGGAACUGCAGGCGCAGUUGCAGGGCAAGAUGGACGAAGUGCAGGAGCGGAGCGGCCAGCUCUCGCUCACCCAGCAGCGGGUGACGGAGCUUCAGGAGGAGCUGGCUGUCCUUCGGCAGAGCACGGCCCAGCAGUUGCAGGAGGCGGAAACCAAGAUGAAGAAGGAGCUGAAGAGCCUUCAUCACGACUCCGGGCUCAUGCGCAACGAGACGGAGACGGCGGAGGAGCGGGUGGCCGAACUGGCAAAGGACCUCCUGGAAAUGGAGCAGAGCCUCCUUGCUGUCACGGAGGAGAACCAGGACUUGAAGGUCCAAAUCCAGUCCUUCAGGAAGGCCAUGAGCUCCCUCCAAGACAGCUGGGACCAGUGCAAUGAGGAGCUGCGUGCCUUGGAAAAGAAAUACUCCAUGGACUUGGAAGAGCAGCGGCGGCUGGUUCAGGGCCUCCGAGAGGAGAAUGCUCAGUCCCAGGAGGAGCAGAAGAACCUUGCAGGGCAAAGAGACGCUCUGGCCUCUGAGCUGGCCGCCCUGCGGGACUCUGUGGAGGAAAAGGGUCUCCUAGCCCGGCUGGAGAAGCUCAGUCAGCAGCUCCAGGCCAAAGAUGUGGAGCUUCUGCGCCUGACCGCUGAGCUGGAGGGGACCUCUAGCCAAGUGACGUCCUUCUCCAAGGCCAUGGCGAGCCUGCAGGACGAGCGAGACCGCCUGCUGAGUGAGCUGGACAAAGCCCGCAGAGUGGAGGAGGGGAAGCUGCAGUCGGCAGCCGGCACUUCUUCCGCCAGCCUCGCUGAAGUGCCGAGCCUCAAGAAGGCGCUGUCCUCCCUGCAGAGUGACCGAGACAGGCUGCUGGUGGAGCUGAAGAACCUGCAGCAGCAGUACCUGCAGGUUGGGGUGGACACUGCUGAGAUCAUGCGGUUGAAGGCCCAGCUGCAGGAGCAGAAGCAAGAGGUGGAGCACCGGCAACGUCUCCAGGAGCAGCUGAAUCAGGAGGGGGCCUCUUGGCAGCUCGAGCUCCAGAAGCUCAGGGAGGAGAAGGCAGCUUGGGAGCUGGAGGCCAAGGGAAAGCAGCUCAGCCACGUGCAGAGAGCUGCCCGGGAGGAGAGAGCCCGUGUGCGGAUCGUGGAGGAGCAGCAGCAUGAGAGACAGGCUACUCCAGAGGUCACCAAUUCAAGCAAGACUUUGCAGGGAGCUGUAUCCAGCCAAGAGGUCGAUGCAGACCAUCUCCAGGCCCAGUUGAGGACCAGCCUGAAGGAGCUGCACCUGAAAGAGAUGCGGAUCCAGCAGCUGAACAGCAAGCUCUCACAGGUUUUUGAGGAGAAGAACUCCCUCUCCCUCCAGCUACGAGGAAGUAGCCGCAACCUGCGUGAGAGCCACCAGCACUACAGCGAGGUCCUUGCCCGCUGUGAGGCACUUGAGAAGCAGAUGCAGGAGCUCCAGUCUCCAGUGAAGGAUGCGGGGUCCCUGCCAACAGAUGCUGCUCCUGGAGCCCCCCAGGAAAGAAGUGAACACCCCAGGGAGACCUAUACACCAGAUCUACAGGAACUGCAGAUGAAGCUCUCAGAGGCCAAGCAGCAGCAAAGUAGCGCAAAGCAGGGCCUGUGGCAGUUGGAGGAACAGCUGCAGGAAGAGCGGGACCGGCGCCUGGCGGCCGAGGAGGCCUUCUCCACGGCCCAGGAUCACAUCCGCAGGUUGGAAUCGAGCGAGUGGGCACACCCUUUGGAGACCAACAUUGACAUGCCCCCCAGCCCUGAGCAUGCACUGCUCGUAGGCCCUGCGGACGGCUCCUUCAGCAAGGCUCGAGGGGCCACGGGGCUGCGGCGUGUCCUGCGCUCGCUCUGCUGUUCCCGCCGGCGCUUGCCUCUGCUGCCGACUCUCUACCUCCUCACGGUCCACGUGCUGCUCCUCCUGUGCUUCACGGGCCACUUGUGAGAACCACCCCAGGGUCAGAGAGAGCCCUGCUCCUCCCCAAGGGGAGGGCAGAGGGGGCACAUGACUACUUCGGGGCACUGCAGCGCCUCUGCCUGGAGGAUCCUGCUGCGCUGUGGUGGAUGAUGCAGCCGUAGCUUGGGAGCAUCCGGAGCCCCUUGCAGGCUGGCCUGAUGACAAGGGGAGUGAGUGGUGCAGAGAGCUCAGGACAGCCCCCGCCUGUGGGAGAUGGGGCCAGCGGGGGGCUUCCCUCCUCAUUAACUACACCAUGUUGGUUUUGUUUCUGUUCUUCAAAGGAGGCGUUGGGGUUCUACAGUUCGCUUUGCACACCGAAUUGGGGCAAAGCCAGUUCACAGUCCUAAGUUGCCCUUCCCCAACCUGGUGCCCUCCAGAUACUUUGGAAUACUGAGCCCAUCAGCACGGCCGUAUGAUGCUGGGGCUGAUAGGAGUCUGGGAGUCCAAAAUGCCUGGGGGUCACAAGGUUGAGGAAGGCUGCUCUAAGUUAAUUUUUCUUCCGUUUCUAACAUGCUGCUCAGUUGUAAUCUGCAGAUGAAGGGCUGGAAUUCUUCAGCGUUCCAGUCUUCUCGGGGGCUGCGUCUGUUCUCUGUGCCUCGGCAAAGGUCUUCUUGAACUUGAUUCUGGGAAGGGACCAAGUGAACUUGCCAUAAGGACCUUUUUUUUUGCACCUGCUGUUCGUGUUCUGUGGUUUUGGCACUGGGGAAGGUUGCACUGAAAGGGAUGGGAGCCUCAGGCGUAAACCUCGCUCCCUCCUCCAUAGAGAGGUGGAGGAGGCCUUGUGCUCAAGAAUGAGGGGGAAGGUGACUGUGUGGCCACUGAGCCUGCUCCUUGCAUUGCACGGGGGGGGGAGAGGGGGGAGCAGAGGUCUGAGCCCCCUCCCCCCCCGUCCCUUUGGAUGGGGUUGGCCAGGUGGGACAGAAUAUCUGGGGUGUUUCACAGCCUCCUUUGUGCCCAGGCAGUUUGGGAAAGCUCUUCCCUUUCAGUUCAGGCUGCUAGAUCUGCUGGAUGAGUCCAGAGUGGGGGAGAUCUUCAGUGGAUGUGGAUUUUGAGGCUGAGUCUCUGUCAGCCACUAUUGGUGGGGGGGUCCCCAGUGCAGUCUGUACAUUUUCCUUACAUCUCCCAAAUCCAGUCUUCUAACCCUCUGAAAAUCCCAUCCUGGUGCAAUAAAGAUUAUUAUUUUUCUGA